AUGGAUUCUUCUUCUUCUUCUUCUCUUCCUUUUCCUGCUCCCCUUCAAGAAAAGUACGAUGUGUUUCUUAGUUUCAGAGGUGAGGACACACGCGAUGCUUUUACCAGCCAUCUUCACGCGGCUUUACGUCGGAAGCAAAUUGAGACCUACAUAGAUAACAAACUUGAGAAAGGAGACGACAUUGGACCUGCCCUUCUAGAAGCAAUCGAGAAAUCGAUAAUUGCACUAGUCAUUUUCUCAAAAGACUAUGCUUCUUCCACUUGGUGUUUGAAAGAACUUGUGCAUAUACUUGGAUGCAAGAAAAGCUAUGGACAGAUUGUUAUACCCAUUUUUUAUCGCAUAGAUCCAUCACAUGUACGAAAACAGCAGGGAACUUAUGCACUUGAAGAUCGUCCACUUAAGCGCAUUAGGGAUGAGGUGGCCAACUGGAGGGCUGCUUUGGAGGAAGCAGCCAAUAUGUCUGGGUUUCAUUAUUCCAGCAAAACAGGGACAGAGGCCGAUUUUGUUGAGAAAGUUGCUCAACAUGUUUUGACCAAAUUGAAUCGCGAAUCGUCAAGUGAUUUAAAGGGUCUGGUUGGGAUAGAAAAGAAAAUUGGGAAAAUUGAGUCGUUAUUAUGCUUGGGUUCACCAGGUGUUUGCUGUGUAGGUAUUUGGGGCAUGGGUGGUAUUGGCAAGACCACCCUUGCUGAUGCUGUAUUUCACAGGCACUCAUCUAAAUUUGAAGUUUGUUGUUUUCUUGCAAAUGUGAGGGAGAAAUCAGAAAAAAUGGAUGGACUAAAUGACUUGCGAAAUACACUUGUUCGUGAAUUAUUAAAGGAUGAACGUGUAAAUAUCAACACUCUGUCUAUACCACGUCAUAUUCAAGAUAGGCUCAGGCGUACGAAGGCGCUCAUUGUUCUUGAUGAUGUGAAUGCUCGAAAACAACUAGAAUAUCUUGUUGGUGAUGAUGAUCGGUUUUGCCAAGGAAGUCGAAUCAUUAUAACUUCUAGAGAUCAAGGCCUACUUGAGCAAAGAGUUGACCGUGAAAGGAUAUACAAUGUUGAGGGAUUAUGUUCUGAUGAAGGUCUUGAGCUCUUUCACUCGCAUGCUUUUGGAAAUAAGUCUCCGACAACAGAUUACACUGAGUUGUCAAGAGAGGUGGUGGAUUAUAUUAAGGGCAUUCCAUUAGCUCUUAAAGUUAUGGGGUCCUCAUUCCGUCGUUGCAAGAGCAAACAAGAGUGGGAAGAUCAAUGGAAAAAAGUGAAAGAAUUUCCAGACGAAGAAAUCAAUCAAGUGUUGAGAAUAAGUUACGAUGGAUUAGGAAAACAUGAGAAGGCGAUAUUUCUUGAUAUAGCAUGUUUUCAUAAAGGCUAUGAGAGGAAUUAUGUUAAAGAAGUAUUAGAUGGUUCUGGUUUCCGUGGGAAAAAGGGAAUCAAUGAUCUUAUUGAUAGGUCUCUCAUAUCAAUUUCAUAUUCCUAUGACGAGGAAUGUAUAGAGAUGCAUGAUUUGGUGGAAGAAAUGGGUAAGGCAAUUGCUCAAGAACAAGGCAGUAGGUUACUCAUAGCAAAGGAUGUCAAUCAAUUAUUGGCAAAUAACCAGAGUGAUGGACAUGUUCAAGCCAUAUCCUUUGAUUGGCUUGAGAUGGAAUAUGCAAACUUCGAAAAGAUGCAUCAACUGAGAUGGGUAUGUGUCCAUUCUUAUGAGCACCUCGCAACUUCAUUAAUUGGUUCUCUAGGUCUUCCCAAUUCUCUUAGAUGUCUUCGCUGGUACAAAUAUCCUUUGAAAUCUUUGCCAUCAAAAUUUUCUGCUCAAAAUCUUGUUGUCCUUGAAAUGCCGUACAGCCAAGUUGAGGGGCAACUAUGGAAUGAAGACCAGAGUCCUGUGAACUUAAAACGGAUCAAUCUUGCUAGAUGCAGUCGACUAACUGAAGUCCCAGAUCUCUCUCAGAGUCUACAAAUUGAACAUAUAGAUCUGAAUAGUUGUCGAAGUUUGGUUGAAAUUCCUUCGUAUUUUCAACAUCUUGGCAAGCUUACUUAUCUUGACCUUGGGAGGUGCACAAAUCUCAAAAAUCUUCCCGAGAUGCCAUGCAAUCUUGAAUUCUUAGAUUUGUCUUCGACAGCAAUAGAGGAAUUGCCUUCUUCAGUUUGGUCUCACGAAAAAAUAUCUCACUUAGUUAUUACAUCUUGUAAACACCUUAAGAGUCUUCCAAGCAACAGUUGUAAGCUGAAACCCUCUCUUAGUCUAGAAGGCUGCGAAUCUCUUUGCGAGUUUUGGGAGCUUCCCAGGGAUACAACAGAGCUAGCGUUGAGUAGUUCAACAAUAAAAGAAUUGAGGAAUGCAUCAAUAGAGUCUGCCGUUGGUCUCACUGCAAUUAAACUAAUCAAUUGCGAAAGUCUUGUGAGUCUCCCAACGAACAUUUGGAAGUUGAAAUCUCUAAAGAGCCUUGAUCUCCAGGAUUGUUCUAACUUUCAAAACUUCCCAGAAAUCUCAGAGGUUAUGGAAUAUCUAGAGUUUUUAAAUUUAUCAGGUACAGCGGUUAAAGAGCUACCCCCAUCAAUUAGAAAUCUAGUUGCGCUUCGAGAAUUAUAUCUCCAAAACUGCAAGAACCUUGAGGUUUUCCCCGAUGAGCUCUUUUGCAUAACCUCAUUACAAGUGUUAAAUAUGUGGGGGACCGAAAUUAAGAGCUUACCUGCAAGCAUCAAACCUGGCCCAAAACGACGUCGUUUGGCAAGUGAUUUAAAAGGUCUAGUUGGAAUUGAAAAGAAAAUUGAGGAAAUUGAGUCGUUAUUAUGCUUGGAUUCACCGGGUGUUUGCUGUGUAGGUAUUUUGGGCAUGGGUGGUAUUGGCAAGACCACCCUUGCUGAUGCUGUAUUUAACAGGCUUGCCUCUGAAUUUGAAGCUUGUUGUUUUCUUAAAAAUGUUAGGGAGAACUCAGAAGGGAGAGAUGCGAUAUAUCACUUGAGAAAUACACUUGUUCGUGAUUUAUUAAAGGAUAAAGAUGUAAAUAUCAACACUCCGUUUAUACCACGUCAUAUUCAAGAUAGGCUCAGGCUUACAAAGGCGCUCAUUGUUCUUGAUGAUGUGAAUGCUCGAAAACAACUAGAAUAUCUUGUUGGUGAUGAUUAUCGGUUUUGCCAAGGAAGUCGAAUCAUUAUAACUGCUAGAGAUAAAGGACUACUUGAGCAAAAGGUUGACCCUGAAAAGAUAUACAAUGUUGAGGGAUUAGGUUCUGAUGAAGGUCUUGAGCUCUUUCAUUCGCAUGCUUUUGAAAAUAAUUCUCCGACAACAGAUUACACUGAGUUUUCAAGAGAGGUGGUGGAUUAUAUUAAGGGCAUUCCAUUAGCUCUUAAAGUUAUGGGGUCCUCAUUCCGUCGUUGCAAGAGCAAACAAGAGUGGGAAGAUCAAUGGAAAAAAGUGAGAGAAUUUCCAGACGAAGAAAUCAAUCAAGUGUUGAGAAUAAGUUACGAUGGAUUAGGAAAACAUGAGAAGGAGAUAUUUCUUGAUAUAGCAUGUUUUCAUAAAGGCAAUGAGAGGAAUUAUGUUAAAGAAGUAUUAGAUGGUUCUGGUUUCCAUGGGGAAGCGGGAAUCAAUGAUCUUAUUGAUAGGUCUCUCAUAUCAAUUUCAUAUUCCUAUGACAAGGCAUGGAUAGAGAUGCAUGAUUUGGUGGAAGAAAUGGGUAAGGCAAUUGCUCAAGAACAAGGCAGUAGGUUACUCAAGGCAAAGGAUGUCAAUCAAUUAUUGGCAAAUAACCAGAGUGAUGGACAUGUUCAAGCCAUAUCCUUUGAUUGGCUUGAGAUGGAAUAUGCAAACUUCGAAAAGAUGCAUCAACUGAGAUGGCUAUGUGUCCAUUCUUAUGAGCAUCUCGCAACUUCAUUAAUUGGUUCUCUAGGUCUUCCCAAUUCUCUUAGAUAUCUCUACUGGGGCAAUUAUCCUUUGAAAUCUUUGCCAUCAAAAUUUUCUGCUCAAAAUCUUGUUGUCCUUGAAAUGCCGUAUAGCCAAGUUGAGGGGCAACUUUGGAAUGAAGACCAGAGUCCUGUGAACUUAAAACGGAUCAAUCUUGCUAGAUGCAAUCGACUAACUGAAGUCCCAGAUCUCUCUCAGAGUCUAAAAAUUGAACAUAUAGAUCUGAAUAGUUGUCGAAGUUUGGUUGAAAUUCCUUCGUAUUUUCAACAUCUUGGCAAGCUUACUUAUCUUGACCUUGGGAGGUGCACAAAUCUCAAAAAUCUUCCCGAGAUGCCAUGCAAUCUUGAAUUCUUAGAUUUGUCUUUAACAGCAAUAGAGGAAUUGCCUUCAUCCGUUUGGUCUCAGGAAAAAAUAUCUCACUUAGAUAUUACAUCUUGUAAACAUCUUAAGAGUCUUCCAAGCAACACUUGUAAGCUGAAACCCUCUCUUAGUCUAGAAGGCUGCGAAUCUCUUUGCGAGUUUUGGGAGCUUCCCAGGGAUACAACAGAGCUAGCGUUGAGUAGUUCAACAAUAAAAGAAUUGAGGAAUGCAUCAAUAGAGUCUGCCGUUGGUCUCACUGCAAUUAAACUAAUCAAUUGCGAAAGUCUUGUGAGUCUCCCAACGAACAUUUGGAAGUUGAAAUCUCUAAGGAGCCUUGAUCUCCAGGAUUGUUCUAACUUUCAAAACUUCCCAGAAAUCUCGAAGCCUAUGGAACAUCUGGAGUUUCUAGAUUUAUCACGUACAGCGGUUAAAGAGCUACCCCCAUCAAUUGGAAAUCUAGUUGCGCUUCGAGAAUUAGAACUCCAAUACUGCAAGAACCUUGAGGUUGUCCCCGAUGAGCUCUUUUGCUUAACCUCAUUACAAGUGUUAGAUUUGAGUUGCUCCAAAAUUAAGAGCUUACCUGCAAGCAUCAAACAAGCUGCUCAAUUGUCGCACCUGUUCCUCCAUAGUUGCAAGAGCCUUGAAUCUUUACCAGAGCUCCCCCCAUUGCUUCAACAUCUUGAAGCAGAAGGUUGCACGUCACUGAAGACAGUGUCAAGUUCAAGCACUGCACUCGCACAAGGUUGGGAAAAAUAUAAAUUUUCUCGAGGGCUUCAUGAGCAACAUAUAUUUUUUGAAUGCCCAGAGUUGGAUGAGAACGCACGAAGCAACAUAAUGGCUGAUGCACAGCUCAGAAUUAUGCGAAUGGCAACUGCUUCGUCAAAGUUUAAAGAAGACAAAAUUGAAAAAACAUCAUAUAAUUCAAAUGAGGGAUCUUCUGUUGGCAUUAGAUGUUGUGGGAAUGAAAUUCCAAAAUGGUUCAGCCAUAAAAGUGAGGGAUGUUCAAUAAAGAUUGAGCUUCCUCGUGAUUGGUUUAGCACAGAUUUCUUGGGUUUCGCUCUAUCUCUUGUUGUUGUUUUUGCUUCAGAUUUUCCGAUAAUUGGAUGCAAGUACAACUUCAAAACUAGUAAUGGUGAAAGCCAUGAAGUCAACCAUCCUCGGUGUAAUCCGUUCAUGAUUGGAAGCAGCGGAGAUUCACCUGAGGUGUUGGUGUGGUGGUAUAGUAGUGCCUUUGAAGAAGUUGUAGAGGGAGCUCAAAGCCCCACUGCGUUUUACAAACUUGUUACUGAGGUCAAUGUUGACUUCACCAUACGGGGGAGGUAUUAUUAUGGCUUUUCGGAGCAGGAGUUGGAGGUGAAAAAGUGUGGGAUAUGUCUGUUGUAUGGCAAAGAUGCUGAGAUGAUAAAGCAGAGGGCUUUGUAG